ACCAGAGAUUAUCCUCGCAGAUAAGUUACUUUGUUAAUUCCCAGUUGGCGAAGCAGAAGAUCCUGAAAUGGCAGACUCGGCCCGAUCCUCAUCAGAUACAAUAAUUCAAUUGCAUGGUGAAGAAUUUUGGCCUCUUUCAGGAAAACCUUUCUUUGAUAUAAUACUCGCAAAAUCACAUGUCAAACCUUCUUACAUGCUGGGAAUUCCAGCCAAACUUCAUUCAAUACUACCACCUUGUUCAAUCCCUACGGUUCUCAACUUUGCGGGAAAAAGUUGGGAGAUGACAUGUGGUGGAAAACACCGAAAGCACAAGUUGGAUAAAGAGUCAUGGAAAGCAUUUGUUGAUGACAACAAGUUAAAGGCUGGCGAUGGAUGUGUGUUUGAAGUCAUGGAGUGCAGCACUACAAAACUAGAAUUAAGAGUCCAAAUCCUCCGAGGUGACAUCCCAGCUGAACUCCUAGAGAAGGAAAGAGGUGAUGAAGCCGAGAAACCCAUUGUUCUUUGACGAAUAUUUCCUUUUAUGGAUGUGUUAUGAAUUUCCUGAACGACUUUACUGGUCAAGAACUAAGUAGAGGCUACAGUUAAGAUUACUGCUAAUCUUUAAUAUGUUCAGAUAUGUGUUUCUGUGUAGUUCUUGUGCUGUACUUUAACAUGAUCUUAUUUUAGUAACAUGAGAAGUAUGAGGAAUUGCUUAUUUCAUGAGUCGAAUCAGCCACCUUUGUACUCUUCCUCCCAAAAUCUUUCUAAAUUGUCAGUUAUAGAGCUGGGAGUCUUCACUGUUACAAAUUUUUUUCUUUUCUUUUGUUAGAAUAAAUGCGAUACAGAAGGUUCAGUGUGCCAGUUUCAAAUCAGAUACAUUUUGUGAGGGAAUAACAUCGAGUGUCAAUUGGGACAUCUUAUGUGAUAGCACUCAUAGCAGUGUUUCAGGACAUCUUAUGUGAUAGAUGUGACACCAUAUUGCCGUUGUUAUUAUU